AUGGGGCAGGGGUCGCCAGUCAUUGAAAAAGCAGCAGCAGGAGCAGCAAGAGCAGCAGCAGCAGGAGUAGCAGCAGUAGCAGCAAUAGCAGCAGUAGCAGUAGUGGUAGUAGUAGUGGUAGUAGUAGUCGUAGCAGCAGGAGCAGCAGCAGUAGCAGGAGCAGGAGCAGCAGGAGCAGGAGCAGUAGGAGUAGGAGCAGUAGGAGUAGUAGGAGUAGGAGCAGUAGGAGUAGUGGUAGUAGUAGUAGUGGGUGGUAGUAGUAGUAGUAGUAGUAGUCGUAGUAGUCGUAGUCGUCGUAGUAGUGGUAGUGGUAGUGGUAGUGGUAGUGGUAGUGGUAGUGGUAGUGGUAGUGGUAGUAGUGGUAGUAGUAGUGGUAGUAGUAGUGGUACUCGUAGUAGUAGUGGUAGUAGUGGUGGUAGUGGUAGUAGUGUUCCCAAAGAAAUUUUGGCUUUGACUGUGCCGUCAUUAAGAAUAAGUGCAACCUUACAAUUUUGUGAGAAACAUUGA